ACCGCCCGCGCAGACCCAGAGCGCGGCCGCGGACGAAGAUGGCGACCGCCAUGUACUUGGAGCACUACCUGGACAGUAUCGAGAACCUUCCCUGUGAGCUUCAGAGGAACUUCCAGCUGAUGCGAGAGCUGGACCAGAGGACAGAAGACAAGAAAGCCGAGAUUGACAUCCUGGCUGCAGAGUAUAUCUCCACAGUGAAGACUCUGUCUCCGGAUCAGCGCGUGGAGCACCUGCAGAAGAUCCAGAGCGCCUACAGCAAGUGCAGGGAGUACAGCGACGACAAGGUGCAGCUGGCCAUGCAGACCUACGAGAUGGUGGAUAAGCACAUCCGGAGGCUUGAUGCGGACCUGGCUCGCUUCGAGGCGGACCUGAAGGACAAGAUGGAGGGCAGCGACUUCGAAAGCUCUGGAGGACGGGGGCUAAAAAAAGGUCGAGGUCAGAAAGAAAAGAGGGGCUCCCGGGGUCGUGGCAGGAGGACCUCAGAAGAAGACACCCCAAAGAAGAAGAAGCAUAAAGGAGGGUCCGAGUUCACCGAUACCAUCCUGUCGGUGCAUCCCUCUGACGUGCUGGACAUGCCCGUGGACCCGAACGAGCCCACCUACUGCCUGUGCCACCAGGUGUCCUACGGGGAGAUGAUCGGCUGUGACAACCCGGACUGCCCCAUCGAGUGGUUUCACUUCGCCUGUGUGGACCUGACCACGAAGCCCAAAGGAAAGUGGUUCUGUCCACGGUGUGUUCAGGAAAGGAGGAAGAAGAAGUAAGGAAGAGGCGGACGUCCGGACCAGAAGAUCACGUUGACAUAUCCCUUCGUUCACGUCGCAAUAUUUUAUCUUCAUUUUAAAACAACCUUGUUUCCGAUGAUAUUUAAUAACUCAA